GGGCGGGCUGCGUGGCGGCGCGAGGAGGCCGGGGCGCGCGGGGCAUGACGGCGGCGCGGGGCCGCGCACAGCGCCGCUCGGCUCCGGCCGUUCCCCUCCAGCAUCCCGGGGUGGCUCCGCUCCAGCUCCGACACGCGGGACUGAAAUGACCUUGGACGCCAGGACCAAGGGCAGCUCGCCGAAUCCCGCCAGGGCUCCCUCGGGCCGCGGCCGCCCGCCCGCCGGUGCCUCCCUCCGCCUCUGAGCCCCCUGGGGUUUGCUGGGAGGCGGGAACCCUGCCUGCUUCGCUCCGGCCUCCGCCGCGCUCUUCUCCGGCAGCGGAGCAGGGAUCCAGCGAAAAUCGCUCGCCGACGGAGGGGCUCGCGCCGGACCUUUUCCAGGCUGGAUCCCAGCGCCGCUGCCACGCCGAUGCAUGAGAAGGCAGCUCCCCUGAAGAGCCCUGAGCCCAGGCACAGUCGUGAGAAGCUGGAGGUGUUCCAGAAGCAGAAGAGUUUGGAUUCCUUCGAUGGCAGCCUCCGCCUGAACGAAACCCUCAAGGAUGAGGACAUCAAGAAAUGCCACCGGGAAGUGGCUGCUAGCAAGUACAACUCCCAGUACCACAAGCUGUUCAAGGACAUCCCCACGGAGGAGAGUGUGCUGAAAGUUUGCUCCUGCGCGCUCCAGAGAGACAUCCUCAUCCAAGGAAGGCUUUACAUCUCCCCCAACUGGCUCUGCUUCUACGCAAACCUUUUUGGGAAGGACAUUAAGGUUGUGAUCCCAGUGGUGUCUGUACAGCUGAUAAAGAAGCACAAGACGGCUCGGCUGCUGCCCAAUGGCCUGGCCAUCACCACCACUGCCAGCAGAAAGUACAUCUUCGUAUCCCUCAUCUCUCGUGACAGCGUCUAUGAUGUCCUGAGGAGAGUCUGUACCCACCUGCAGGUUUCCAGUAAGAAGAGCUUGAGUCUGAAGGAGCUGUCAGAGGAGCCGGACUCCGUGUCACUGGAGGUGAUCGUCCCCGAGGGCAAAUGGAGGAAGGUGUCACCUACCUCGCUGUCACUGUCUCUGCCUGAUGCCAACUACCAGUGCAUCCACCGGACCUCUGUCAGCAGCCUGAGUGCCAAGGAAAGCUCCUUCACCUCUGAGGAGCCACUGGUUUCAGAAAGUGCAAUAAAUACCGAGGAAGAGCUGGAGGUGGAGCAGAGCUGUGUGGCAGAGCUGAGACCCUCCGACUACCAGCUCCUGAAGAUCUUCAUCGUGCUCAUCUGUCUCCUGGUGGUGUCGUCCUCGUACCUGGCAUUCCGCAUCUUCCGUCUGGAGCAGCAGCUCUGCUCCCUGAACCGGGAUUACCUCUCCCGCGGCCACAGGAGGUGAGGGACCCUCAAGCACAUCUUGGGACACACAGGUCAUGCCAUGAGUGAAGGGCUUGAGGAAAUGUGGGUGCAAAGAAGAAUGUCUCCAUUCUGUGUGAUGUUUCUAAGGAAUGCUUUGUCCCUUAUGCUGGGCCUGCUGUUGGGCUGGCAGAACCCACAGUGCCAUCUCCACACUGGAGGUGAUCCCAUCAACUGCUGGUUUGAGUGACUGGGAAGCUCUGCUGUCCCUGAGACUCUGGAGCUUGGGAAGAGGUUUCCUCAUUGGUUUGCAGCUGUUUCUCCAGUUGCAGGAAGCACCAGGACUUCUUGUUGGGGCUGGGCUGUGCCUGGGUUAAGGCCAUGGGCACCAGCAUGGGAUGGACAGGACGGGAAUCUUCUUGGGCUGAGGACGUCAGAAGGCGCCAGGAAGGGAUAUGGAGUCUCUGCAGUCACUCAUCCCAUCUUACCCCACUCCCUGCUUGCAGGUGACCAUUCCCCAGGUGCUGGCUGAGGAUGGACACUGAGGUGGUGGCACCCUGCCCAUGGAUCCUGGUGCUGUGUCCUCCCAACCAUGGCUGUUAAAUGUGGUCUGGCUUUCCCUCGGCCAGUAAAAUGGGACCAAGUAUUUUCUCUGUUCCUUCGGGCACUCACUCCUGGUGGGACUAUCCAGCCAGGUUCUGGCCACCGGUGCCAACUCCCCAUCCCACUGGAAAUCUGUUUUCUCUCUGGGACACUGCUGUGCUGUAGCACUGGACAAUGGCUCAGGGCUGCCGAGCACUUGGACCUUCCCUUAGGACUUGCUGCUAAAAUGGACGCUGGUUUUUA